AUGCGGUGGUCCCUGUCCCGGCCCCUUGCGGUCGUCGCGUCGCUUGCCGCUUUCGCCUCGCCCACCGCCGCCGAGCCGAUCCUCCAGUCCAACUCGUUGAAUACCUGCCAAGAGAACUCAGGCUUCUCGGCCAGCUUGUUCAAGGUCGUCUUCACGCCGAACAAUCACACGGCCAAUGUCGACAUCGUCGCUGUUUCCUCGGUCCAGGGCAACGUCGUCUUCGACGUGGAGAUCUUCGCCUACGGUUUCCAGAUCAUCAGGCAGCAGGUCUAUCCCUGCAAGACCGAUCUCAAGGGUCUGUGCCCCAUGACGGCCGGCAAGAUCCCGCUCAAUUUCAACAUCGACGUCGGCGAGAGUGCCGUCAAGCAGAUCCCCUCCAUCGCCUACACCUUCCCCGAUCUCGACGCCAAGGUCAGGGUCUACAUCAACAUGACCGACGGGGACCGCGCCGGCCAGAGCGUCGCCUGCGUCGAGGCCGACGUCUCCAACGGCAAGACGGUCGAUCUGCUCGGCGUCAAGUGGGCUACCGCCAUCGUGGCCGGCCUCGCCCUGGUGUCGUCCGCCAUCGUGUCCGGCCUGGGCCACCAGAACGCGGCAGCCCACGUCGCCGCGAGUGCGCUCUCGCUCUUUGGCUACUUCCAGGCCCAGGCCAUGAUCGGCCUCACCGGCGUCCACCUGCCGCCCGUCGUCAUGUCCUGGACCCAGGAUUUCCAGUGGAGCAUGGGCAUCAUCCGGCUCGGCUUCAUGCAGUCCAUCUUGACCUGGUAUCAGCGCGCCACCGGCGGCACCCCGUCGACCCUCUUUGACUCCCUGACCACCGUCUCGGUGCAAGUCGAGAAGCGCGCCUUGAGCCUGGCGAAGCGCUCCCUCGCCCUCGUGCCCCGGAGCAUCGCCGAGCCCGUGACCGCCGUGGUGAAGCGCGAGCUGGCCAGGCGCGCCAACAUCCAGACGAGCUCGGGCAGCUACAUCGUGUACGGCAUCCAGCGGGUGGCCUUCCGCGCCGGCAUCGAGUCCACCAACCUGUUCAUGACCGGCCUGGUCUUCUUCUGCCUCCUGGUCCUCUUCACCGCCGCUGCCGUGGCCGCCUUCAAGGCCCUCUGCGAGCUGGCCGUCAAGAACAGGUGGAUGCCCAACGACCGCUUCCUCGAGUUCCGCAACGGCUGGCACACCGUCCUCAAGGGCAUCCUGUUCCGCCUGACCCUGAUCGGCUUCCCUCAGAUGACCAUCCUCUGUCUCUGGGAGUUUACCCAGAAGGACUCGGCUGCCGAGGUCGUCCUGGCCGUCUUCUUCCUGUUCGGCAUGACCAUCACCCUCGGCUGGGCCGCGUCCAAGGUCAUCAGGAUCGCCCGCCGCUCCGUCACCAUGCACCAUAACCCCGCCUACAUCUUGUUCUCCGAUCCCCAGGCUCUCAACAAGUGGGGCUUCCUGUAUGUCCAGUUUCGGGCCUCGGCGUAUUACUUCAUCGUCCCGGUCCUCGGGUACACCCUGGUCAAGGCCAUGUUUGUCGCCUUUGCGCAAAACAACGGCACGGUACAGGCUGUCGCCUUCCUGAUUCUGGAGGCCGCCGCCCUGAUUGCCGCCAGCGUUCUCCGCCCGUGGAUGGACAAGAAGACCAACUCGUUCAACAUCGCCAUCUGCGCCAUGAACUUUGUCAACUCCAUCUUCCUCAUGAUCUUCACCGAGGUCUUCAACCAGCCGCCGCUCGUCACAGGCAUCGUCGGGCUUGUGCUCUGGAUCGCCAACGCCGUCUUCGCUCUGGUCCUGCUGAUCAUGCUCAUCGUGAGCACCGUCUUCGUCUUCUUCCGCGAGAACCCCGACGGCCGGUACCAGAUCAUGGCCGACGACAGGACGUCCUUCAUGAAGUCGCAGACGCACCUCACCACCACCACCGAGCUGGACGCCCUGGCCGCGACUGCCCGCGGCGACAAGUCUGGCUUCAAGGGCGGCCUGGACCUCGACGACGACGCCGAGUCGAUCACGUCCGACUCGCUGCGCCGCCAGACCGAGCACCUCAACGUGCCCUCGGCUGCCGGGUCGGCUGCCGGGUCGAUGUCGGGCAGCUACCCGGGCCGGCCGAGAAGCCCCGCGUCUCCGGUCAUGCCGCUCUUCCCUGCCGACGGCCCGCGCAGCCCUCCGAGAUACACCGACCAGCGGCCGGCGAGUCCGUUUGGCGCCCCAAACCGGCCGGCCAGCCCGCUAACUUUUCGCAGCCCGAGCCCCUGGCAACGCGGUGCUGGCUACGACCAUUAG